CACACUGUUGCAUUUGGCGCCUUUUGUUGUUUACAGGGGAGAACUCUUGUGAAAUUAUUGCUAAAAACAUUUAGAAAAGCAUAAAACCAGAUUAAAAUGAAUAAUUCAUUUGGUGAUUUCAAUGCCACACAGACGGCACCAUCGGGCGCCGCCAGCGAGAAAAAAGGAGAGGGAAUUGUGCCGUUGGUGAUUAAGCAGAUUGUAGAUGCGCCCGAGGGCAAUAUUGAGAUGUUCGGCAUGCAAUACGGCAUGGCGUGUGUGGUGGCAAUCGUACGGAAUGUGGAGACCUCCUCCACCAAGAUAACCUAUACGCUGGAGGAUCACAGCGGUCGCAUCGAUGCCCACUACUGGCUGGAGGAGGGUGACGCACUCAAAGCCCCUGAAGUGAUGCUGAACAAUUACGUGAAGGUCUAUGGCACCACACGCUCGCAGGCGGGCCAGAAAACGCUGAUGGUGUUCAAGCUGCUGCCCGUCCUGGAUCCCAAUGAGGUGUGCACCCAUCUACUGGAGGCUCUCAAUGCGCGCUACAAGGCUGAGGAUUACCAGAACAAGGGCGAUUCGGCGGGUUCGGGUGCCAUGGCCACACAGAGUCAUGAUUUCACAGCCUCUCAGAGCACGGCUAUUGUGAGUGGGCUGGACUCCAAGCAGCAGGCGGUGUUCCAGGCGAUCAAGAGCAACAUGUCCGAGGAGGGAAUCAAUCGCAAGGAGCUAAAGUCCAAGUUUUCGCACAUCAGUGAUUCCGAAUUGAACAACAUUUUGGACUUUAUGAUUUCGGAGGGCCAUAUUUACUCGAGCAUAGAUGCGGAUCAUUUCAUUUGCACCAUGUAAAAUACUUUGCCACCCCACCCUAUAAUUAAGUCAACAAAUUUAUUAAGUUUUCUAAAAUGCAAGCGAAGUUUAAAGCGCUGCAAGUCUGCUGGUCAAUGGCAUCGAUGAUAUGAAUAAAGCAAAGUGCUAUAAGCGCCACAACAACAAUGUAAAGUUCGUGCGCCCCCUUUUUGGACUGCUGCCUCCACCAGAAGCUCAAGGACUUUGAUGGCAAUUACCACAAAAGUACAGGCACUCGAUUUGUUCACCCAGGAGCUGCUGAAGAAGCUAACUGUUAGCAGCUAAAAACUGAGGCUCGAAAUCUCUGGCAUCAAGUGUGAAAAAUGUUUGCAACGUGUCGGUGAUUUCUGGGAAUAUAUAUAACAUGAUGUAAUAAAAAAGUAAACUUGGAUAACAUUGAGAUAAAUAUA